UUAAAUACCGCAGGAUCUCUCUUCGCCUUCGUCUCGUCCUGCUCUCCGCACUCGAUCUCGAUUGAAAGAGAUCGCCGGAAAGCUUUAUCCUCUUUUCUCCGUCGCCAUGGCUCCCAUAGUGGAGAAAACCUCCUCUGGGCGUGAGUACAAGGUGAAGGACAUGUCCCAGGCCGACUUUGGCCGGCUCGAGAUCGAGCUCGCCGAGGUCGAGAUGCCAGGUCUAAUGGCUUGUCGCGCCGAAUUCGGCCCCUCACAGCCAUUCAAGGGUGCACGAAUCUCCGGUUCCCUCCACAUGACCAUCCAGACCGCCGUCUUAAUCGAAACAUUGACCGCUCUCGGCGCCGAGGUCCGCUGGUGCUCUUGCAACAUUUUCUCUACCCAGGACCACGCUGCCGCUGCCAUCGCGAGGGACUCUGCUGCUGUGUUCGCCUGGAAGGGCGAGACACUUCAGGAGUACUGGUGGUGCACCGAGCGCUGCCUCGAGUGGGGCGCCGGAGGUGGCCCCGAUCUCAUCGUGGACGACGGCGGCGAUGCGACUCUGCUCAUACACGAGGGUGUCAAGGCGGAGGAGGAGUACGAGAAGACUGGGAAGUUACCGGAUCCAGCAUCCACCGACAACGCCGAAUUCCAGCUCGUUUUGGGGCUUAUUAGGGACAGCAUCAAGGUGGAUCCCAAAAAGUACUCGAAGAUGAAGGAGAGGCUGGUUGGUGUCUCAGAGGAAACAACCACCGGAGUGAAAAGGCUGUACCAGAUGCAGAUCAGUGGGUCGUUGCUCUUCCCAGCCAUUAACGUUAAUGACUCCGUGACCAAGAGCAAGUUUGAUAACCUGUAUGGUUGCCGCCACUCUCUUCCUGAUGGCUUGAUGAGGGCCACCGACGUUAUGCUCGCUGGAAAGGUCGCCGUGGUCUGUGGCUAUGGAGAUGUUGGAAAGGGCUGCGCUGCGGCUCUCAAGUCUGCCGGAGCUCGUGUCAUCGUGACCGAGAUCGAUCCCAUUUGCGCUCUCCAGGCCCUGAUGGAAGGUAUCCCUGUCCUCACCCUUGAAGAUGUUGUGGCCGACUCCGACAUCUUUGUGACCACAACUGGUAACAAGGACAUCAUCAUGGUGGACCACAUGAAGAAGAUGAAAAACAAUGCCAUUGUUUGCAACAUCGGCCACUUCGACAAUGAGAUCGACAUGCUAGGCCUCGAGGCCUUACCAGGCAUCAAGCGCAUUACCAUUAAACCGCAGACGGAUCGAUGGGUCUUCCCUGAUACCAAUAAGGGCAUCAUCGUCCUCGCCGAGGGCCGUCUCAUGAACCUCGGAUGCGCAACCGGUCAUCCCAGCUUCGUCAUGUCCUGUUCCUUCACCAACCAGGUAUUGAUUGCUCAGCUGGAGCUGUGGAAUGAAAGGUCUUCUGGCAAGUAUGAGAAGAAGGUUUAUGUGCUGCCGAAGCACCUGGAUGAGAAGGUUGCAUUGCUCCACCUGGGAAAGCUCGGGGCUAAGCUCACCAAGCUCAGCCCAGCACAGGCUGAGUACAUCAGUGUCCCUGUUGAGGGUCCAUACAAACCUCCUCACUACAGGUACUAAGAUAAGUAUCAAGCUAUAAUAAUGGCACCUGAUGCUGAAUAUUGAAGAUCUUCUCGGUCUUCUUUAGCAUAUCGUCUUUAUCAUAUUUCUAUUGGGCAAUGGUUGAGGCAUAUUUUGUGAGUGUAACGAGGUGUUGUAAGGUGCUGCUUAUACUGUAUUUGUGCCUAACCAUAUGCAGGGAGUAUUUGUAUCCAA